GCCACAAGAGUGAGAGGCCCGAGUACCGCAAAAAAAAAAAAAAAAAAAGGACUCAUCACAGCAUUAUCUGUAAGAGCAAAACCCUAGAACCUUUGUAAAUAUUCGUAAAUUUAUGUUCGCCAAUGAACCCGUUGUAGUAAAACGGAUACGUGAGGCUGAAUUUGAGGUGGUACCAGUGAGGCUCAGUGACUUCUGUAGUUGGAUAGGGAAGAGGCAAUGAUAACCCUGUGUCUUUAACCUGGACAAUAAUGCGGAUGGUUAAGACAUUAACUGAGAUAGAGGCCUAAUAACAUAAGGUGUUUGUGGAUUAUCUGAGUAGAGUUAUAUAGCACAUAUGAUUAGUUCUAUUGCUUGUGUGGAGAAUGUGAAAUCAAUUGGAGGAAGUGGAGGGUUGAGGGUGGGGCUCGUUGUCAAGGAGAAGAGAACCAAGAAGCAGUAAGGCUUUAAAACAAGGUGAAAUAGUGAAUAUAAAGACUUCUGAAGUAUUUAUCAAUCUGUAAGAUGGGAAUAAGUGUAGUAAUAUACAUCUACUAAGGUAGGCAUUAAUGUCUGGGCUAGGUGCCUUAUAUAAAUAAUCUCAUUUAAUCCUCAUCACAUCCUUCAAGGUAGGUAAUUUCCAUCCCCAUCCUACAGAUGAAGAAAUGGAGGCUCAGAAAGGUCGAGUGGCUUUCCUGAGGCCACCACACUGGGAAGUUAAAGCCUCUCAUAGAACCUCAAACGUAAGCACUCUGGAAGAUGUUUCUCCUUGUGCUCUGUUGACUUGUUUGGGGAUAAGAGUACCUACCUAUCUGCCCCAGAGGUUGCCUAGACUUCCCCUGGAGAAUUCUGGGGGCCUAGAAAUCUGUCUUUUAAAAUGACACCCUGAUGAUCCCGAGGCGGGUAGUUUUAUGCAUUUUGAGAAUAAUAGACCAUGGCAGCCCUAAGUAAAUGUAACGGUGAUUACUGUUAUUGAUUGCUAUGAGACUUUUCUUGGAAGGGACAGGUCAGUUUUCAUCUAAAAACCUGAAGGAACAUUUUCCGUGUGUGUGUGUGUGUGUGUGUGUGUGUGUGUGUGUGCGCGCGUGUGUGUGGUGUUUCCUGCAAUCGUGCGUGUGUGUGGAUUCAGGUCACUUCCGCAGCCCCAUUCUGGCUUGGCCAGCCCUCUGGACGGUUUCCUCACCCACGCAGCUGAAUCGCUUUCCUAAGAACCAUGUCAGCUACAGAACUGCCUCCUCAUCUCCUAGGCAUCAAGAGUAAAGGGCUUGGUGUAUGUGGCUGGAUCCUGUUUUCGUUUUCUUUCCUGUCGGUCAUUACCUUCCCUAUCUCCAUAUGGAUGUGCUUGAAGAUUAUUAAGGAGUACGAUGCUGUUGUAUUCCGACCGGGACGCAUCCAAGCUGACAAAGCCAAAGGGCCAGGUUUGAUCCUGGUCCUGCCUUGCAUAGACGUGUUUGUCAAAGUUGAUCUCCGGACUGGUACGUGCAACAUCCCUCCACAGGAGGUAAUGCUGCGAGACUCUGUGACCACUCAAGUGGAUGGAGUGGUCUAUUACAGAAUCUAUAGUGCCGUCUCGGCAGUGGCUAAUGUCAGCGAUGUCCAGCAAGCCACAUUUCUGCUGGCUCAGACCACUCUGAGAAAUGUCUUAGGGACACAGACCUUGUCCCAGAUCUUAGCUGGCCGAGAAGAGAUGGCCCAUAGCAUCCAGACUUUACUUGAUGACGCCACCAAGCUGCGGGGGACCCAGGUGGCCCAAGUGGAAAUCAAAGACGGCUGGAUUCCCGGGCAGUUGCAGAGGUCCAUGGCUGCUGAGGCUGAGGCCACCCGGGAGGCCAGGGCCAGGGUCCUUGCAGCAGAAGGAGAAAUGAAUGCUUCUAAAGCCCUGAAGUCAGCCUCCAUGGUGCUGGCUGAGUCCCCCAUUGCCCUCUAGCUGUGUUACCUGCAGACCUUAACCACUGUCACCACAGAGAAGAAUUCCACCAUGUUUCCUCUGCCCAUGAAUGUACUAGAGGACAUUGGUGGCAUCAGCUACAGUAACCACAAGAAGGUCCCUAACAGAACCUGAGACCCUCCUGCUGCAGCCAGCCAUUGCUUAGGGAGGCAUAUCUGUUCCUAUGGAGACCAGCAGUUAGAAGUGUUGAGAAUCUCAACACUAUUUAGGCCCAGUAACUCUACAGCUGGAACAGCAUUAGCAGGGAGAUGCUAUAGAGGCUAUAAAAAAAGAAAAAGAAAAAAGAAGGGCCAUAUACUGCUUUUAUUUUUAAGAACAUAAAAGUACUUUGCAUUAUUCUUAUGAGAAUCAGUGAGUAGGUGUCCCUGACUUAGAGCAGGAACUUUCUUGUAGUAGCUGGGGGAAAUUACUUUUUUAAAAAUUUAUUUAUUUAUUUAAUUUAUUUAGUUUUGGCCGCACUGGGUCUUCAUUGCUGCGCGCGGGCUUUCUCUAGUU